GUGUAUAUCAUAUACCGUAUUGGUCGACAAUAGACCAGCAAAAUGCUGCCUUUCGUUUUGGUAUCGUUAUUUUUAUCGAGCGCGCUCGCCGUGCCCGUAUCUGUGACUCAAUACAGCAUCAACGAAGUCGCUCCAGCCCGUCUCGAUGGACGUCCUGUCUCGGGAGCCAUCAUAAACAAUGUAUUGGAAUACGCAGUCGACGGUGGUGAUACCAACAUCUACAUCCUGACCUUAGAACAGAUCUUGAGCGAUGUGGCCAACCUCGCAGAUAUAAAAAGCCAAGCUCUCGCUGUCUCCCAAACCCUAGCUCUCCUCGGGGAACUCGCCUCUGGAGUACCUGGAGACGCAUGUGAAGCCGCUGCGCUCGUCAACGUUUAUGCUGACUCCGUACGCACUGGUAACAAGUCCCAAUUGCGAUCAGCUGUCAACAGAUAUUUGGGACGGCUCGCCUCAAACAUCGACUUGAUCGUACGCCUCGUGAAUAACCCAGAUUCAGUUCGUUACGCUGUCGGAUCGAGAGGCAACUGCUCUGGAGGCGGAAGACGCUACCAAUUCGAAGCAGCUUGGGAUGCUAUCUUGAACAACUCCAACCCAUAUCAAAUUGGACUACUCAAUGAAGAAUACUGCGCUCUCCGACGUCUGUACAGCGCGUUCAAUAACCGUAGCAAUAACGUUGGAGCCGCUGUGUCCGCAGCCUCCGUGGUCCCAGUCACUCGAGCUGUAGAACUGGCUCUUGGGCCACUCUCAUCGUUCUUGAGAGCGGUCGCUUCUGGUGCCAACCCUGCCAACCUCGCAGCCAGCGCUAAGCAAGCCCUUAUCAAGGCUGGAGGAAGCGUCCCACUAUAAAAAAGAAACAGAUAACCGAGCCAUAAACUCAAUAAUAUAGUAUUGUAAUUAAUAUAUGAUGUAUAACCCUCUACUAAGAUCUCGCUAAGAAAUCUUUAUUCCAUUUACCUUUCAUUAUUUACCGAAAACUUUCAUUAAAAUAGAUGAUUAUUAUAUUAUUAUAAAUAUUUAAAUAUAAGUUUUAAACAAAACCACGACGAACUGGCUUUCAUUUUUGACUAUGUUGAUCUUUUGUAAUUUAAUAAAGAUGUAUCCAAUUUGAUG